AUGGCUCAAAAUAUUGUGUUCAACCAUGUGGGGGGCAAACCACCAUUCUUUGAUGGAAUAUCAUCUUUUGAUCAUUGGAAAAGAAAGAUGAAGACACAUUUGGGGUCUAUUCAUGCGAAGGUUUGGGAUGUCACCGAAAGGGAAUACAUUAUUCUUGAUGAGAAGAAUAUGACACCAAAUGAGCAAGCCAACAAGCAAUGCAAUACAAUGGCACUCAACACCAUCUACAAAGGUAUAGAUGCAAAGGUGUUUGAGCAAAUCAAAGAUCUAGAGAAGGCUAGUGAUUUGUGGACAAGAUUGGAAGAAACAUAUGAGGGCACUACAACGGUAAAAAGUGCCAAGCUAUACAUGUUGAAGAAACAACUCACUAACUUCAAGAUGAAGGAUGAUGAGAACAUACCGGAGAUGUUCCAUAGGCUCCAAGUAAUUAUCAAUGAUUUGAAGAGCCUCGGUGAGAAAGUUAGUGAUGAAGAUUUCUCCCAAAAGUUCCUAUGGUGCUUGCCUAAGAGAUUCAAGACCUUGAUAACAAUCAUCUUUAGAGGAGGAUUGAAGAAUGUCACACCCAAUGAGGUCCUUGGUGAUGUAAUGACUGAGGAUAGAUAUGAAGAGGAUAGUGACAAUGAGGACAAGAAAGACAAUGAAAAGAAGAAGGAGAAGAAGGAUAAGGACAAGGUCGUGGCAUUUAAAGCCACAUCUAGCAAGAGCAAAGGGAAAGCAAAGAAGAAGCUAUCUAGUGAUGAGAGCACUAGUGAUAGUGAUGAUGAUGAUGAUGAGGCUAUGGCUCUUCUAGUGAGAAAGUUUGGCAAAUUCAUGAAGAAGAAGGGCUAUAGUACAAGAAAGAGAAGAGACAAAUUCAAGAGCAAGGGCCAUUCCAAGAAGAAGGACAAGAAAGAAAAGAAGAGGGGCACCAAAGUUUACAUGAAGAAGAAGGGUAGCUCUCAUGUUGCAACAUGGGAAAGUGAAGCUUCUACCUCUUCCUCAAGUGAUGAUGAAGAUGACCGAAGAAGCAAGAAGAAGGGUCAUGCUAGCAUUGCAAGAGGCAACACUACAUCUCUAUUUGCUUCAUCCUCACCGGCAUGCUUCAUGGCCAAGGGCCCUAAGGUACAAUCUCAUGAUAGUGAUAGUGAAUCUAGUUCUAGUGAUAGUGAUAGUGAAGAACCUAGCAAACUAGAACUCUUGGAUGCACUAGAUCAAGCCCAAACAAUAAUAAAACAUAAGGGCAAGAAGUGCAAGGAAUUGUCUAAGGAAGUAAAAUCCCUUAGGCAAUCCCAUAGUGAGCUAGAGGCCUCUCAUGAGUGUCUAAAGGAAGACCAUGAGGACCUCACACUAGCUCAUACAAAGCUUGAGAAAGCUCACUCCUUGGUCUUGGAAGAACUUGAGAGGCCAAAAGAUGCUCAUGCUAAACUUGUUAAAUCACAUGCAUCUUUGGAAGCAAUUAGUGAACAAGUUAUUGUAUCUUGUGAUGUUGGUGUGACAUGUGAUAUACUAGAUGAGAAAUUCUUUGAACCUAUCAUUGUCACACCCACUAAUGCUUCCUCUAGCUCCACCACUUCCACCUCAACCAACUCGGCUACAACUAGUAGUGAUGGUUUCAGUUGUGAUGCAUCACUAAUGGUUGAAAAUGAGGCUCUUAAGAGCAAGGUGGAAGAGCUCACUCUAGCAUUAAGCAAAGCUUAUGUUGGAGAUGCCCGCUUGCUAAAGUGCUUGGGUGACCAAAGAUCUCCAAUCAACAAGGAGGGUCUAGGUUAUAUCCCCAAGAAAGGCAAAGCGGCCUUUGUUCAAGCAAAGCCUAGCUUUGUGAAGAGCAAUGGUCAUUAUUGCCAUAGAUGCAAGCAAGUUAGGCACAUAGAGCAAGAUUGUCAAACUAAAUUAAUAUUGCAAAGAAACAAGCAUGUUGCAUAUGCAUCACAACCGAAGAUGAAUGCUAAAAGAAACUAUGCAUACAUGUAUCAUGCUAGACCGACACAUGCAAAUAGGAAUGUUGCUCACAUGCCACCUAAGCAAAAUAAGAAUAAAAAUGUGGCAUACAACUCUCAUCAAUUGAAUGUGAGCAAUGCACCUAAAAAGAACAAUGCAUACAUCCCUCCUCAUAAGAGGAACAUCAAGUUGGUUGCAUGUGUUCCACCACCUUUCUUUGAUGCAAGCUAUAAGCUAUUUAAGGGAGAGAAAGGUGUGACGGCUAAGUUCCUUGGUAUUCCAUUGAAGGGCACAAAGAAGAAUGCUAUUUGGGUGCCAAAGGACUUAGUCACUAACCUCCAAGGACCCAAACUUGCAUGGGUACAUAAAAAACAUUAA